GUGCGACGCGCAGCGUCUUCUUUUCGGCCGGAGGACUCAGCGACACGUAUCUUGUUGGAGCGUCCGACCAUGUGCGCAUAAUCGUCGCUAUAUACUCUCCGAACAUCAGAGUCUGUGUUCCUAUCUUUCUCUCUCUCUCGCAUCGUCUUUUUUCUACAUCGGAAAUUCGGUGGUUUUUGUAUUGCACUGAUAGCACGAUAAUAUCUUCCUCCGGCUUUGCAAUUAUGCAGAUUUGUUUUGAUGGAUUCCUGACUAUUAAAGACUAUUGAAAGACUAUUGAAAGCUGUUAUUAAAUUUUUUUUACAUAUAUGUGGUAAACAUGGACUACAGCUGUAAUUGAGCUGCCAAAUAAGCCAAGCGGAGAGUGGAAUCAACUGGAUUUGGAUGUCCACAGGCUCCAUUUGGAGAUUCAGAAUGAUAGAGAGCAUAAAGGACAUGUCCAAUGCCACUUGUGUCAGUGCGUUGUGCUUAAUGCCUGGAAAAGCUAAUUUUAUGGUAAGACAGUGAGGGAAAUGCGAUUAUUAUCUAAUUAUAGAUGUCAGAAAGAGGAGAGGAACGUGCUGUUAGAUUAUAUACUGCAGAGAUAAUGAAGAACGCCAGAGCUAAGGAGACUGAGGAGCAAGCGGCAUUGAGGAGGAUGCAAGAGGCUCAGCGAAUGGCCAGGCAUCGUGCCAAGAAAAAGCGUUGUCUGGAUGAGAAUCUCGCGAGGGAGAUUUCUAAAAUCGCGGAGCUGUCCAAGAUGCCACCUCCGGAUCCCGCCACGAUAGCUCAAAUGUCCGAGAUAAAUAUGAAUAAGAUAUCUGCGGAGCUGAAGCAAAUGAUGGAAAGGGGAAAAGUACCUGAACACAUAGUUCAAAUGGCUCAACUGGCGGAAUUCAGCAAGAUGAAUUCUGAAUUAAAUAAGAUGUCGCAGGACAUGGCGAAGAGAUACGAGAUGGAGAAGAUGGCAGAGUAUGCCAAGACUACGGAGUAUAUGAAGAUGCAGGAGAUCGCCAAGAUGAACGAGAUGGUGAAGUUUUCUGAAAUGGCCAAGUACAAUGACAUCAAGAUCAACGAGAUGGCGAAGAUGAACGAGAUGAUGAAGAUGUCGCAGAUGGCGAAGAUCAACGAGGUGCAGAGAAUAAACGAACUGGCGAAGCUGAACGAGAUGGUGAAGAUGACGGAGAUGGCCAAGUAUACGAGUAACGACAUAACGAAACUGAACGAGAUCGCGCAGAUCAGCGAGAUGGCGAAGGAGAUCGCGAAGAUGAACGAGAAGACGAAGAUGAGUGAGAUGAUGAAGAUGCAGACGAGCAUGCAGAACGACAUCGCCAAGAUGUCGCCGGAAUACUCGAAGAUGGCGAACGAGAUGGCGAAGCUGACCGAGCUGGCUAAACUAAACGAGAUCACGAUCACGAAGCUGAACGAUCCGCCGCAGGUGCUGAGCAAGAUGAGCGAGAUUCAGCCACCGCCUCCGCCACCACCCCCGCGUAUCCCCGAACCUGUGAUCACCGUGCCAAAUCCCAGGAAUCUGCAGAACGUGCAGACCGUACAAGUGGCGCAGGCCAGCCCGUCCAGCAUGAUCAACUUCCCGAGCGUGCCGGGUCAGAACAAUUACGGUAAACUGUUGAUGAUCAUCGAGGAGCUCGGCAGGGACAUCCGUCUGUCAUACGCGGGCAGUCGCAGCGCCGCCGAGAGGCUGAAGAACGGCAUUCAGCAAGCCAGGGUCGCCGUGCGGGACUGCCUGAUGGAGACGCAACAUAACGCGCAACAAUGAUUCGUCGCCGAGCUAGCUAGCGAUUAGAGGAGUACUUCUUUGUUUAUGCGACAUAAGUAUAGGAUCACUAUACUUUUCCUUAGCACUCUAUCGUGUUAGGGCUCCAAGAUGGGGCGCCUUCAUUUUGUGCUCGAUUUGUAUACAGGGUGUCCCAUAGGAAAAUGCUAAAACUAAUCAGUUGUCAUUUUU